CCAUACUGAUGGCUGGGAGAAGUCAGCUUCGCGGACCACCCCAGGGCGGGGAAGGGAGGUCACUGGGUCCGACGUCGGGCACCAGACAUGGGGGCGGGGACCCGGGAAACGCCAGCACACCCGUAAUUGGGCGUAGAGUCUAGUUCUCGAGCGAAUCUAGUUCUCCCGUCGGUUCCGUAUCCAGAGCCUGCGCUUCACGGGGGUAGAGUCCCGAGACACGGCGUGGGCCCGGGGGUCCCGCUCGGCCUGCCGCCCCGGUACUUGCCGACCUGGCUGGCCCCUCCUGUCACCAUGGCGAGAACCUGGGUCUGCGCGGCCGGCGCGGUCUUGCUGCUUUCCUGUCUGCUUUUGCAUUCCCAGCUCUGGGGCUCUCCGAUGUCAAGAAAAUUUGCUUUCCACAUUUCCUGGAGAACGGAGCAAGUUCUUUACCGGCUGGAUUUGGGUUGGCCCAGGUAUUCAGAAUAUUUCACUGGAGCGACAUUCUGUGUUGCAGCUGACUCUCUCAACGGAUUGGUUUACGUAGCCCAAAGAGGGGAUAACAUCCCAAAGGUAUUAGUGUUCACAGAGGAUGGAUAUUUCCUACGAGCCUGGAAUUACACAGUUGACACACCACAUGGUAUGUUUGUCUCCAGUACGCCCCAUGAACAGUCCGUCUGGAUCACAGAUGUAGGAAGUGGACCCUAUGGCCACACUGUUAAAAAAUACAAUUCCUUGGGUGAUAUCGUCCAAGUCUUGGGUACUCCAGGCAAAAAAGGCACAGGUUUGAAUCCCCUGCAGUUUGACAACCCUGCAGAAUUAUAUGUAGAGGACACGGGGAGUAUCUACAUCGUGGAUGGAGAUGGGGGAUUGAAUAACAGAUUGAUCAAACUGUCUCAAGAUUUCUUGAUCCUUUGGCUGCGUGGAGAAAAUGGAACGGGACCUGCUAAGUUCAACAUACCUCACAGUGUGACACUUGACUCAGUUGGCCGGGUGUGGGUUGCUGACCGAGGAAAUAAAAGACUCCAAGUGUUUGAUAAAGACACUGGAGAGUGGCUGGGAGCAUGGGAUAACUGUUUCACAGAGGAGGGCCCUUCUUCAGUCAGAUUCACUCCAGAUGGGAAGUACAUGGUUGUGGCACAGCUGAACCUCAGCAGGCUGACAGUGUUGGCUGCCCCGCCAGCGGGAAGCAUCGGCAACUGCUCUGUCAUCAGCACCAUCCAGCUAGCGGAUCAAGUUCUGCCACAUCUAUUAGAAGUCGACAGUAAGACAGGAGCAGUCUACGUAGCAGAAAUUGGGGCAAAACAAGUACAGAAGUAUGUCCCGUGGAGUAGCCAUGUCCAUGCUUUGGGGACUUAGUGGCUUUUUCCUGUAGGUACUUCAAAUAGCAGUUCAGAUCCUCAGAUCCAGUGUGUUCAAAAGUGCUCAAGCACAGAGUUUAUUUUUACUUUUUCUACCAGAAACUUUUUUUUGUGUGUAUUUUGUUGUGGUUCUUGGGACUUCUUAUUGCAUACUAAGUACAUACGGAUUUGGGAGGUUCUUUUGGUGGUCCUGGGAUUGAACCCAUGGCUCUAUGCAUGCUAGGCAAGUGCUCUAGCACUGAGCUAUAUCACAUAAGCAAUUGUUAAUGAGAAAAAUGUUAAAAAUGGGGUCAUGAAGGGCGCUGAGAUUGUAAUCAAGUUAUUUUCCCUGGUAGAUUAACUCUUUCCGGGUUAGAAAUGGGUUCCUAUCAUAAGAACUGGAAACCUCUGGUUCAUUUAAUGUAUAUAAAAUGAACCGUGUGAGAGGUUUUGAGUCAGGUGGGCUGAUGACUAACUUGGCACACCCAGAGCACCUUGCAGGCAGGAAGCAGCUUUGUCUGCCUUUGGAGCAGCUUAUGUCCCAGAGGGAGUCAAGCUAGCACAGUGAGGAUGCAGCAGGAGGAGGGCACUGGGCCCCAUGACGGCCAUAAGGUCAAGGAGACCACAGGUGACAGCAGCUGGGCUCAGACUUAAAAACUCAGUGGAAGUUGGCCAGAUGAGAAGGAGACAGCAUGAUCCAGGUAGAGAAGGCCCAAGAACUUAGAGACUGUCUGAAUUUUGAGGCCUUUAAACUAUAAGGCCCAGGUUGUUUGGGGUUCUUUAGUUUUAAGAUGCUUCAUGUCAACCUUUAAAAGUAAAAAUAAACUAACCAGCAUCUAAGCACUUUACUAAAAGAAAGUUUCACAGGUAAGUGUACUAUUUUUUUUUUAAAAAUUAGUGUUAGCAAUAAGUCCUUCCUCAGUAUUUCCUGGAUGUUUGUUUUUUCUUUUUCCCUCUUUAUAGCAUGAACUCAGUACAUUCCUAAUGCUUAUCUACCUCAAGGAUAUUUUAGGGGAAUUAUAAUUACUUACAUGGAGGUGUGCCAAACACUUUGAACUAUUAAGAUGAAAGUUUCCAACCUUUCUAUUCUGUUUACCCUAUUGAAUAUUAGCUUUCAGAACGAACAUUGUUUUCAGUUCGUUACAGUUUAUUCUAGGCUUUGGCGGAACCUUACCCUAUCAGGAUCUUUCAGAUCAUUUCCCCCCUUCCUCUGUCAGCUGUAUCCCAGUGUUUUACUGUGACUCAUGUAGAAGAGGGGAACUCUUGAGCUGACUUUGCUCUCACCACAUUGGGAAGGGAGUGUUGCCAGACAUGAAGGAAUUUGUACUUGUUUUAGUUCUUGAAUCAUAUCUUAAUGCGGAGAGAAAAGGAAGUCUACCAACAGGAAACCAUGCACUAGACCACAAUGCCAUUAAUAAUGUAUUCCUGCAACUCAUCAGACUGUGAUUUAGAACAGGUCAUCUUAGCUGUCUCUUCAAUAACAGGGAACAUGGUUGUCUUUCCUCCCUCACAGUGCUGUGAGGAUCAGGUAUGGAACAGGUACAGAUGUUCCCGUGAAGUCUAGAACCUGCUGCAUUACAGCUCCUUCUAAAUGUGCCAUUUUCAUUAUAUCAAGUGCCAGGUUUGCUUGAUUUCAUGUUUAAGGCUUUUUCAAAAAUGUGCCCAGGUGAGACUUAUGCUGUUUUUGCUAAUAUGACCAAUUAAUUUGGAUGAAAAAGUAAUUUGAAGCUUUGUUUAUGAGCUAGGACAGUAGGUUGUUAGUGCACCUGGGACAAUAGGUGAAAAUGUAUAGGUUGGCUAAACUGCUUUCAUCAUUUCUACAUAUUUUAUUUGGCUUCUUUUAGAUGGGAUUCUCUAUUGAGAAUUUCAUAUGUACAUAUAAUGUAUUUGGAUCAAAUCCACUCCUAUUCUGUCCUCUCCAGUUUCUCCCCUAUCACUAUUCCCACCACCACCACUUUCUGUCCCAACUUCAUAUGUUCUCUCUCUCUCUCUUUAAAACUCACUGCAUCCACUUGGUGCUGCCAGUACGGGCAUGGGUGUAGGACCAUCUACUGAAGUGUGGGCAGCCUUUCAAGGCCCACGUCCCUGAAGAAAACUGCCUUUUCCUCCCUCAGCAGUCAUCCCUUACCAAUAGCUCCCCAGACAGGGUAGGACUUUAUGAGGCCCCCACCCCACCCCACCCUGGUCCAUGCUGGAAUUUUGCCUGGCUUCAUCUUGUGCAGGUCUUGUGCAUUUGGUCACAACUGCUGUGAGCUCAGGUGCCAUGGUCCUGUCAUGCUCAGCAAAUAACGUUUCAUUAUAGAUGCUUGUAACUCUGGCCUUUCAGUCUUUCUGCCCCAAUUUCUACAGUGAUCCCUGAGCCUUGAGGGGAAUAUAUGUCUUAUUUAGUACUGAGUACCUUUAUUCUCUGCACUUUGACCAGUUGUGGGUCUCUGUUAAUCACCAUCUAUUGCAAAAAGAAGCUUCUCUGGUGGAGGUUGAGAGAUGCAAUAAUCUAUGGGUAUAAAGACAAGAACGUAGGGGGCAGCUUAAUACUUUGCCCAUUUAGCAGAGUAAUUGUAUUGGGUUCUCUUCUAGGACCUUUGACUUAGUCAGUCACAGGCUUGGGGCCCAGUUAGCAGUAUCAGGCCUGAGUUCCAUCUUGUGCAGUAGCCUUAAGUCCAAUCAGAAAGUGUUUGGUUGCUCCCAUGACAUUUAGGGCUCUAGUGGGCAUGUCUUGCCAGGCCAGUACUUCAAGCUUUCAGGGCUCACAACUGGGUAAAGUUGCUGAAUACUUUCUUCCCCAGUAAAUAGAACUUUCCUGAGCUAUGAAGGAAGGCUGGUCAGUAGGCAUGGAGCUUUGGUACCAGCUUGAUUUUCCUAUACUAGACUCUUAUAAAACUUUCUAAAAUGUCCUUCCUGUUUGUCUUAAAUAGUGUGCUUAUUUUAUAAGUGUACUUGCAAUCAAAGAAUUGUACUUUUUCCCUCUUUGUAAUAAUUGGUUAAAUGAAUGAGAUUUUGUUUUCCCUUAAAACACAUUAAAGUUCUGGAAAGAAAAGUCAA